GGAGGGAGAGGCAUUAACCACCAAUGCAGCAAUCCCGAUGCACUGGUGCAGCGCGAGCGCCGGCGGGGACUACAAGCGGCCGAGGCCGAGGCACUACAACUCCCAGCCUGCCUCGCGCCGCCGCGCCUGCGCGCUGCGGUCCUGGCCCGGACGCGCGGCUCGAGGUGAAGCGGCGGAGAAAGCAGGGGAUCAAAUUUAUGUGAACAUGUUGAAGAGAAAGAAGCCCCACAGGAAACGCACCAAAGGGGAUGCGAGCGAACCAGUGGCCUACAAGCAGCGGAGUAGCGUGGGCUGCAUCGUGAAGCACGGAUGGAGGGAGAAGACUGGGGUGGUGACCCAGUGGAAGGGCACUGUGCUCGACCAGCUGCCCGUCAACCCCUCGCUGUUCCUGGUCAAGUACGACGAGUUUGACUGCGUGUACGGGAUCGAGCUCUUCAAAGACGAGAGGGUCUCGGGCCUUGAAAUCCAGCGAGAUAAAUCUGGUCGGUCCAAAAUCCUGGACGGGGACCUGGCAGAGCUGAUCGUGGGGAAAGCAGUGGAGCACGUGUUUGAGAAGGGCGACGGGACUAAGAACGAGUGGCGGGGGAUGGUAUUGGCCCGAGCACCUGUCAUGACUACGUGGUAUUAUAUCACCUACGAAAAGGACCCUGUUCUAUAUAUGUACCAGCUGCUGGAGGACUACAGAGAAGGGGACCUCCGCAUCUUGCCUGAUUCAGAGAAUAAGCAAGUGUUGCCAACCGAGCCUGGGGAAGUGAUCGAAAGUCUCGUGGGGAAACAGGUGGAAUACGUGACAGAGGACGGGACCACGAGAACUGGGUUGGUGAUUCAUCAGGUGCAGGCCAAACCGUCCGUCUACUUCAUCAAGUUUGACGAUGAUUUUCACAUUUAUGUGUAUGACUUAGUCAAAACCUCCUAGCUGCAUGUAACCCUACUCAUUGCCUUCACUGGAGAGGUCUUUACUGUGAAGAGUGAACAGAUCCGUAAAAGAGACUAUGUCCUUUCUGUUAGACCUACGUGUAUCUUCCAGACUUGAAAAGCAAACGCCCGUCUGCCUUCACCCGAGGUUCAGCCAGUUUAACCUGUUAGCAGCUGAGCCAAAUACAGGGUGUUAGGCACAGGUUGGAAUCCUGAGUUAGCUGAUCUCAGGCAGGGCAGUAGAUGGGGUGCUACAAUUGGCCUGGGUGCCCCUGGGUUAGGGAGGGAUAAAUCAGCCAGGGUCCCUGCUCCUCCUGAUGGUUAAUUUGUGAUCGUUGCUGGACGGGAGGGUUGAAGGUUGGGGUGAGGACAAGAUCAGGACUCGGUUUGUGACACACGCGCACACACACACACACACUCAUGGCGUGCAAACCCCUUUGCACUCGCUCACUGUUGAGGCUCGCACAGAGGGCACCUGUGGAACCAAAUCUGGUAAAAAGAAAAAAGGAGUCAAAUGCCUCGGGGAAAGGCGGUGGGGGAAAAGUUGGUCACACAAUUUUACCGUUAUCGAUGGCGUUGGCUUCUGUUUUCAUGGCCAGCUCGGUUCCUGGCCUGGUUGUGUCGGACAGCGAAAGGUAUUUUCUUCUCACAACAACGCCCGAUCCAGGUCUGUGCAACUGAGCCUUGCUGGAGUGCUGUGGAAGCUAAGCUACCUCACCAUGGACAGUGGGGUAAGCUAGCCGAGGCAGGUGUGACGUCAAACACCUUCCCCUAGCAUGUGAGCAACCUGAUAACUUACUGUAUUUAGGCUGUUACAUGAAGUUGUGGAUGGUGAGCAUUGGGCG